AUGUGCUGCGGAGGCAGGAGUGACAAGAAGCCGAAACCGAUGGGGGGUGGGGCUGUGAUGGCUGCACCGUCUAAGAGGACAUCGUCUUGUAGGAAAUCUGCCACUGCCAGGCAGACUAGCAGGACGCUGCAGUCAGCUGUCACUCAUGCUCGCAUUCAACGCACGCCGUCCCCGAGGCUGAAUAACUGGCUGCAAGCCAAUGAAGACAGAAGUUUCAAUUUCUCACUGUACGGGUCGAGCAACGGCUUCCGGAAGGGAAAGUCCAAGCAAACAGCCAGCAUGGGCAGUGACACGAGCAAGCGUGGCAUUAAUGGCUCAUUCGAAUCCUUCCAAGGCAAUUCCUGGCGAUAA